AUGGAAUUUUCCAUUCGAUGGCUUUCAUUCUCACUCGCGGUGAUUUUAUUCGGUUGUCAAUUCUCAGCUUGGGCUUCCUCUGUACCUUCGAAGAAUUCAGGCGGAGUCAAUUUCCCUGACAUGGGAAUCCCGCUGUCAAAAUACAAGUUCGCAGUCGCAUCGACAAACACUGGUCAUAAUGGCACAGUAACCGAUGGUACCUUUGCUAUCUCUAAUCCGGAGUCACAAAUCGACUUUGGGUACCGUGCCGUUCACCUCAGUACUAUAUUUUCAAAGGUGGUCGUUCAGAAUUUUUACACCAAAAAGGCUAAAAAGAACUACUGGAUUGGCUGUUCUUCAGGGGGUAAACAAGGGCUGAAAGAAUUACAAGCCUUUCCUGAAGACUUUGAUGGCGUAUUAGCAGGUGCAGCAGCGCAAUGGUGGACUCAUCUGAAUGGCUGGACGGUGGAAUCUAAUCUACGCAAUGCACCGACGACGGACGGGUUCAUGAAUGCGAGCGAUUGGGCCCUUAUUGAGGAACAUACCCUGAAAGAAUGUGAUAUGUUAGACGGCGUACAAGACGGAAUCAUUGGUAAUCCGCUAGUUUGCAAGCCGAACUUCGAUUCACUGCGAUGUUCCCAAGACCAACUGCGGAACGCGAGUAGCAAUCUUGCCAUACCGUCAUGCCUGACCUCACAACAGAUAUCCGUAGCACAAUCUGCUUUUGAGGAUUGGGUCGAUCACGAUGGAGCAUUCCUGUUUCCCGGCUUUACUUACGGCUCUGAGACAUUUGGACCCAUGGGGAUGUUCAUGAAUGAAAUAACAUUACCACUUGCCAUGGAUUUUUUCAAAUACCAAGUAUUGAAUUUCACUUCCAUCAAUUCAGAGUACAAAUUCACCUCAGAAAGCCUCCUUGAGAUUCGUUCUACUGCUGAUCAAACCAACCCUGGGCAAGCCAAUGCGAUUGAUGGAAAUAUUUUACCUUUUAUCAAUCGUGGAGGCAAAUUGAUGACAUACACUGGAAUGGCCGAUCCUCUCGUUCCCAGCCGUUCUUCAAUAUGGUAUCACGAUCAGGUUAAGAAGACACUAGGAAGAGAUCCAAGAGAGUCCUACAGAUUAUUUCCAGUACCCGGAAUGGGUCACUGUAGUGGUGGACCGGGGCCUGCAAACAUAGGUGGAGCAAGCCAAAAGGAGCUCCCUAGAAAUUCAACGUCACAGUCAUAUUCUUUUCUUCCAGAAGACGACAUGAUAUUAGCAUUGAUAGAAUGGACAGAAAAUGGAAAAGCUCCUGAUCACCUUGUUGCAACAAAGUUUGUGAAUGAUUUGAAGGAUGAAGGGGUACAGUUCCAAAGGAAAUUGUGUCCAUGGCCAUUGGUUGCAAAAUAUGAUGGGUAUGGUGAUACAAACUCUCAUCAUAGUUAUCAGUGCAAAGAUCAGUAA